CUUUCGGAAUCUACUCAUUACAACAGAAGUAAAUAAUUUCAAAAGGAAAGAAUUGUAGACAAAUCUUAUUUCACCAAACGUCUAUGCCGUUUGAGUAAUACAAGCCAAGUAGAUGGGUACAUACUUUAACUGCGACUAGGUACAUUCGACGUAUCUCGGUAUGACGAGGCGGUGAGACCCGCAAUGUUUUCGGAACCAGGUACCCAAGUUUACCUUUCCACCGGAAAUCCGGGGGAUAAGAUAGCUACUUGGAAAAGCACCGUUUGCACCCAAUCCGUUUGCCAGAAAUAAGUGUGCCUACCCCAACACCAGGUCUCAUCUCAUUGUUCACGAUAACUAUUAUAAUUAAAGGGAACAAAAGUAUAAACACAUCAUCGUCAUGGCUUUCACGAUGCAUUCCCACUCGGGCCAAUUCUGCCCCGGCCACGCCAAAGACCAGCUCGAAGACAUCAUCAAGCAUGCCAUCAGCCUCGGGUACACCACCAUGGGUCUCACAGAGCACAUGCCUCGCACAAGCCUCGAGGACUUAUACCCCGAAGAACUCGACGACCCCGAAGGCUCCCUCGCCGCGCUCUUCCCGCGUCACGAAGCCUACCUCCUCGAGGCGCAACGCCUGCAAACCAAGUACUCUCCGCAAAUCCACAUCCUAAUCGGUUUCGAAGGCGAGUGGCUGCGGCCCUCCUACGCCACCCUCGUGACCUCUCUCGCCGCGCACCCAAGCGUAGACUACUUCAUCGGGUCGCUGCACCACAUAAACAGCAUCCCAAUCGACUACGACGCAACUUACUACGCGCGCGCAGUGUCCUCCUGCGCCGGGGGCACCGAAGAGUCUGCCUACGCGACGUACUACGACCAGCAGCACGCCAUGCUGCAAGCCCUGCGCCCGCGCGUCGUCGGCCACUUCGACCUCGUGCGGCUGCUCUCCAGCUCUCCCAACCGGUGCGUCCGGGACGAGUGGCCCGCCGUCUGGCAGCGCGUGCAGCGCAACCUGGCCUUCGUGCACAGCUACGGCGGCUGGGUCGAGUGCAACACCAGCGCGCUGCGCAAGGGCCUCGCCGAGCCGUAUCCGAGCCGCGAGAUCGCCGAGGAGUGGCUGCGGCUCGGCGGCCGCUUCACGCUGUCGGACGACAGCCACGGGAUCGCGCAGGUCGGGACCAAUUUCGCGCGCGCGCUGGACUACCUCGACGGUUUGGGUGUGCGGAGCCUGUGGACGCUUAGACGGGAGGCGCCGGCGGCGGAGGGCGAGAAGGCGAAGUUGGUGGAGGUGGAGGUCCCGCUUGAGAGUGUGAGGGCUGUUGUUGGCAAGUGGUAAUCGAUGGUCGGGUAGGUACCUAUGAUUAAGGCCUUUGUGAUAUGAUGAACGGGUGUUUUAAAAAGGAGUGAAAAGGAGUAGGGGCACGGCGGGUAGAGAAAAGGUACCUAACGAAUAGGUGAACUUAAAAGAGGAUUUUGAAGGCGUGUUAUGAUUUAUACCCAUGAAGGAAAAUAGACUAUCACAUAACAAUUUCCGAAAGACUAGAUAUUGAGGCA